UGGACCGCUCUAGGUGUGGUUACUUGGAACUCGAGUCGAGAUGAAAUUCUUUGAAGUGGGAGUGAUAUUCUUUCUUCUCUCAAGUAAUCUGCAUUUGGUCAUCUCUCAGCCACAUGAACAGUAUGCGGAUAUUGUCUUUCUCAUCGAUGGAUCUGAUUAUAUGACACAAGCAGAAUUUGCUCAGUUGCGAUUAUUUCUUAUCAAAAUGCUGAACAAAAUGGACAUUGGUGCUGACAGAUACCAGAUUGGACUGGCUCAGUACAGUGAUCAAGCAAAAAUUGAGUUCUUACCCAAUACAUUUCAAGAUAAGGCCGGGCUGAUUUCUUACCUAAGAAAGAAUUUGCGAUUUAAAGGUGGAUCAGCAUUGAACACAGGGGGUGCAAUGGAGUACCUACACACAAACGUCUUCACAGCAGCAGCAGGAAGUCGAAAGCAGGAAGGAGUUCCACAAAUUGCAAUAGUAAUUACUUCAAGGAGAUCACAGGAUGAUGUCACAAGGGCAGCUGCAGCUUUGAAAAGUGAUGGCAUCAAAAUUCUCCCCAUUGGUGUAAGGAAUUCUGAUCAGAAUGAGCUGAACACCAUAGCAUUUUCGCCAAGUAACAUUCACCAGAUCACCUCUCGAAUCAUUCCUAUUGACCUGGCAAAAGUUAUAACCAAGAAAGUGACCGAUAUACUCAGUUCUCUACAACAGCCUCCCACAGAUGUCCCAGAUAUGCCAAGUGAUCCAGGAAAACAGUAUGCGGAUAUUGUCUUUCUCAUCGAUGGAUCUGAUUAUAUGACACAAGCAGAAUUUGCUCAGUUGCGAUUAUUUCUUAUCAAAAUGCUGAACAAAAUGGACAUUGGUGCUGACAGAUACCAGAUUGGACUGGCUCAGUACAGUGAUCAAGCAGAAGCUGAGUUCUUACCCAAUACAUUUCAAGAUAAGGCCAGGCUGAUUUCUUACCUAAAAAAGAAUUUGCGAUUUAAAGGUGGAUCAGCAUUGAACACAGGGGGUGCAAUGGAGUACCUACACACAAACUUCUUCACAGCAGCAGCAGGAAGUCGAAAGCAGGAAGGAGUUCCACAAAUUGCAAUAGUAAUUACUUCAAGGAGAUCGCAGGAUGAUGUCACAAGGGCAGCUGCAGCUUUGAAAAGUGAUGGCAUCAAAAUUCUCCCCAUUGGUGUAAGGAAUUCUGAUCGGAAUGAGCUGAACACCAUAGCAUUUUCGCCAAGUAACAUUCACCAGAUCACCUCUCGAAUCAAUCCUAUUGACCUGGCAAAAGAUAUAACGAAGGAAGUGACUGAUGUACUCAAUCCUGUACAACAGCCUCCCACAGAUGUCCCAGAUAUGCCAAGUGACCCAGGAAUCCCUCCUGAAGAAGAAGACUGGAAGACACCUGCAGUGUGUCAAACAGCUACUGUUGCUGAUAUUGUUUUUGUUGUGGAUGAAUCAAGUAGCAUUGGAAAGUCAAGCUUUCAACUGAUCCGUCAGUUCCUUUACAAUAUUGUCAAAGUCUUGGAUGUUGGACGUGACAAGGUCCAAAUUGGUUUGGUUCACUACAGCACACUUACAAAUCCAAAGUUUCAACUGAACGAUUUUCACGAUAAGUCUGAAAUCCUGACAAGGAUCCAAAAACUACCGUAUCGAGGAGGAGGAACUUACACAGGAGCGGCCAUCGAAUAUGUCAAGCAGAGAUACUUUGUCCCAAACUCUGGCAGCCGCAUAAAUCAAGGUGUUCCUCAGAUUGCAAUCGUGAUCACUGACGGCAAAUCCCAGGAUGAUGUGACCGAUCCAGCCGUUGCCCUGCGGCGUUCUGGCGUCACAGUCUUUGCUUUUGGAAUCAAAGAUGUCAACGAGACCGAACUCCAAAAUAUCGCCUCAUAUCCUUCGAGAAGUUAUGUUCAAAUAGUCCAGGAAUUUGACCAACUAAAGCGAAUGGAGGAACUCAUUCAGAAGAGGAUUUGCAAUGCGAUACGUAACUCGAUUUCGAAAGUUCCCGAGCAAAUUGAGCAACUUCAACAUGGCUGUUCUGAAACUGAAGAAACUGAUGUCUUCUUCCUAGUUGAUGGCUCAGGCAGCAUAUUGCCUGAGAACUUCCAAGAUUUGAAAAAAUUCCUGGUUGAGGUAGUGAGCUUCUUCACAGUUGGUGCUAACCAGGUUCGUUUCGGUGUUGUGCAGUAUGCAGAUGGCCCACAAACUGAAUUGGAAAUCACUCAGUACACCAGCAAAACAAGAUUAAUACAGGCAAUUAAGCGCAUUGCUCAAGUCGGUGGGGGCACUAGGACAGGCCAAGCAUUGACCUAUAUGAAGAAUUUCAUCAGUAAAGCAGAGCAAAGCCGACCAGCUGGUGUGCAGCGUUUCCUGAUCACCCUCACGGAUGGACAGUCAGCAGAUGAUGUAACGGGACCUGCUGCAGAAAUAAGGCAACAAGGGGUCACUGUCUAUGCCAUUGGUGUCGGAGAUGCAAAAGAGAAUGAACUACAACUCAUUGCUGGUGCUGCUGAAAGAGUUUUUUACACAAGAAGCUUUGAUACAUUGACACACAUGAAAAACAAAGUGGUCCGGGAUAUUUGUUCAAAGGAAGUCUGCAGUCAGCUUGACCGAGUCGACAUCAUCUUCCUCAUUGAUUCAUCAGGAAGCAUACAGGCUGAAGAUUUUGCGCAUAUGAAAAAAGUAAUGACUGAUUUUGUUGAUAAAACCAACUUGGGAUUAGAUAAAGUUCACAUUGGUUUGCUCCAAUUUAGCUCCAGACCCAAAGCUGAGUUCCAACUGAAUGUCCACUCAGUAAAAGCUGAUCUAAACACAGCGAUUGGAAACAUACAGCAGCUGGGAGGGGGAACUCUCACAGGUAAAGCACUGACCUUCGCAGCAAAUUACUUUGAUGAAGCUAAAGGAGGUCGCCCUGAUGUUCCUCAGUACCUCGUAGUGAUAACUGAUGGAGAGGCUCAGGAUGAGGUCCUUCAACCUGCCAAAGCCAUAAGGGAUAAAGGUGUCACCGUGUUCGCUGUGGGAGUAUUCAAUGCUAACAGCACGCAGCUUCUGGAAAUUGCAGGAGAACCGGAAAAAGUCUACUAUGUUGAAGACUUCAAAUCACUGGAAGAAACAGGACAGCAAUUAUUGUGGGAGAUUUGCAGCUCACAUAAAGAUUGCUGGAAGGCACAAAUCGCAGAUAUUAUUUUUGUAAUCGAUGGAUCGGGGAGCAUAUCGGGAACUCAGUUUAACAACAUGAAACGUUUCAUGGUAGGAAUGGUGAACAAUUCUGAUGUUGCUACAGACAAGGUUAAGUUUGGGGCUGUGCUGUACGGUAAUAGCCCUCAAACUGUCUUCCAUCUCGAUCAAUUCACAAGUAAAGAUGACGUCAGUAAAGCAAUUUAUGAAAUGAAUACUGUAGGUGGAGCUACCUUUACUGCAAAGGCCCUCGAUUUUGCAAAUGGGCUUUUAGAUCCAUUAGAAGGUGGUAGAAAGCAGUUUGGAGUGCCCCAAUUUCUUCUGGUCAUUACUGAUGGGCUGUCAACUGACAGAGGAGAUUUAAAUUCUGUAGUGAAGGUAAUCAGCGAUGAAGGUGUUAAUAUAUACACAGUCGGUGUAGCUGAUGCAAAUCAAGAUGAACUCCUUCAGAUUUCUGGAUCUCCAGAAAACUCCUUCUAUGUGCAAGAGUUUGAAGACUUGGAACGAUUGAUGAACACCAUAUCCCAGAAAUUCUGUCAUGACUCUAAGCCCGAUUGUGAUGUUUACGAAGCAGACAUUGUUUUUUUAAUUGAUGGCUCAUCAAGUAUUUCUGCAAGUGAUUUCAAUCAGAUGAAAGAUUUCUUGAAAUACGUGGUGCGGAUGUUUACUGUUGGUCAGACAAACGUCCAGUUUGCUGUUGCCCAAUACAGCGAAGGACAAGUCGCUAUUUUUCAGCUGAAUGAGAUGAGUGUUCAAAGUGAGCUGAUUGACCGAAUUGAUAAAAUCAUCCAACUCACUGGUGGAACCUUGACAGGGAAGGCACUUGAGUUUGUGAUGGAUUUCUUUGAAACAUCAGCAGGAAGUCGAAAGCUACAAGGGGUCCCUCAGUACUUACUUGUCAUUACUGAUGGCUUGUCCGAAGACAGUGUGGUUGCCCCAGCCAGCAACUUGAGAAAGGAAAAUAUCAAUGUUUUUGCAGUUGGCAUUGGACAAACAAAUGACAAUGAGCUAAUUCAAAUUAGUGGUGCACCAGAGAGAAAAAUUUAUAUUGAGGACUUUGGUGAGUUAGACACAAUUAAAAGGAGAAUUGUCCGUCAUCUGUGCACUCCGCCUGUGGAAGCUGACUUGGCAGAUCCUGGAGCUGAUGUGGUGUUCAUGGUUAAUAGUCAAGAUAGCCAAGUACUUAAAAUGAUUCAGAAAUUUAUAAUGGGAACUAUUGGACAGUUGAAUGUUGGACUGGACAAAUACAGAAUUGGAUUUUCGCAAUUCGGCAAGGAUGUGAAAACAGAAUUUUUAUUGAAGCAUUCUGUUAGCAAGAAGGACAUGUUGAAUCACUUAAUGAAGAGUUACAGCCUUCAAGAUGGACCACCACUGGCUAUACCAGAUGCCAUUCAUCACCUACAAACAACUGACUUCACAUCAUCGGCUGGAAGUAGGAAGAAUGAAAACAUUCCUCAAAUCGCAGUAAUAAUUACUGACGCAUCGUCACAGGAUGCUGUUAAAGAUCAUUCCAAAAUUUUAAUCAAAGACGGUGUAAGGGUUAUCUCCAUUGCCAUAUCAAAAUCAGAGACUGACCAACCACAAAUAGGAAUGGAUUAUUCAUUGGACUCAUUUGUUUCCCUGUACUCGUACUUGAAUCGGCUAUACCAAUAUUCAGAUGAUCUGUCUCUCACAAUACGAAAUAUUACUAAAGAAGAGAGCAAGGUUGAAAAACCAUCAGUGUGCCAGUCAGACUUAAUUGCUGAUAUUGUUUACCUGGUGGAUGAAUCUGGCAGCAUUGGGGAAACAAACUUUGAACUGAUGCGUAAUUUUCUGGUCCGUGUUACCAGCGCGCUGGACAUAGGUCAUGACAAAGUGCAAAUUGGUUUGGUUCAAUACAGUGAUGCUACCACACCAGCACUUUACCUUAACACAUUCCAAACAAAGGUCAGUGUGCUUGACCAUAUAAAAGCAAUGCCUUAUAGGAAAGGACGGACAAAUACUGGGGCCGCCAUUGAUUAUGUGAUGCAUAAUUACUUUAAUGAAAGUCGUGGUAGUAGGAAAAGACAAGGAGUUCCUCAGAUUGCUAUAGUAAUUACUGAUGGAAAAUCAUCUGAUGAGGUCUCAGCACCAGCCCAGGCCCUGCGGAGUCAUGGUGUUACUGUCUAUGCUUUGGGAAUUAAGGAUGCCAUUGUAGCUGAACUCGAAGACAUCGCCUCAUAUCCUCCAAACAAGUAUGUUUCCAAUAUUGAGGACUUUGGCCACUUGAGGUCAUUGGAAACUCAAAUACAGAAGAAGAUUUGCAGUGAGAUUAUAGACAUAAUCUCUGUUAAACCACAUGAAGAAGAGAUUCUUCAACAAGGCUGUGUUGAAACAGAACAAGCUGAUAUUUUUUUCCUGAUUGAUGGGUCAGGUAGUAUACAGCCCAACAACUUUGAAGAGGUUAGAACAUUUCUGUCAGACGUGACGAAGCUCUUCAGUAUUGGAGCAGACCAAGUUCGCGUUGGGGUUGUGCAGUAUUCAGAUCAUGUAAAAUCUGAAUUUGAAAUAACUCGAUAUACCAAUGAAGCGGGACUAUUGGGAGCGAUUAAACAAAUUGUUCAAGUCGGAGGAGGCACCGAAACAGGCCGUGCAUUAUCCUAUAUGACGACUUAUAUCGAUGAAGCGAAGCGCAGCCGGAACACCGAAGUGCAGCGUGUACUGAUCACUCUCACAGAUGGAGAGUCAAGUGAUAAUGUAACGAGUCCUGCGAUGGAAGUGAGGCAACAGGGGGUGGUUGUCUAUGCUGUUGGUGUAGGAGCUGCCAACAAAAGUGAACUUCGGCUCAUUGCAGGAGCUGACAACAGAGUUUUUUACGUAAAAAACUUUGAUGCUUUAUCAGAUAUAAAAAACAAAAUUGGACGGGCCAUCUGUAUAGAUAAAGCUUGCAAUCCUGACCGUAAAGCUGACAUCAUCUUUCUAAUCGAUGGAUCAAGCAGUAUAAAUGACGAAGACUUCAAGAAAGUGAAGUCAUUCUUGAUAAGUUUUAUAAAUAAAAGCAAUAUUGCACCAGAUAAGAUUCAAAUUGGGUUAAUACAAUAUUCCACAGAAGUAAAGCUAAUGUUCCAGCUUAAUAAAUACUUUUUAAAAAAUGAUCUGUACAAAGCAAUUGGUGACAUGAAACAGAUUGCAACAAAUACUCUGACUGGCAAUGCACUGACAUUUACAUUGAACUAUUUUGAUGAAGCUAAAGGGGGUCGCCGUGGUGUUCUACAGUAUCUCAUCGUGAUAACUGAUGGAAAGGCACAGGAUGAGGUCCUUGAACCAGCCAAAGCCAUAAGGGAUAAAGGAGUCAUCGUGUUCGCAGUGGGCAUAGGUGAUGUAAACUACGCGCAGCUUGAGGAAAUGGGGGGAUCCCCGGAAAAAGUUCAGUACAUUGACAACUUUGAUCUGUUGAAAGAUCAAGAAGCAGAAAUCUUGUGGGAGAUGUGCAAUUCAGAUAAAAAUUGCAGAAGGACCGAACAGGCUGACAUUUUAUUUGUAAUCGAUGGAUCAGGUAGCAUUAAACCGUAUCAAUUUGAAAGCAUGAGGAAUUUCAUGUUGGCCCUGGUGAACCAGACCAACGUUGGCCCGGGCAAGGUUCAAAUUGGAGCUUUGAUAUUUGGUGAUGCACCCAAAACCGUAUCUCGGCUGGACAAAUGGCGAACAAAAGCUAAAGUGCAAGAGGAAAUCAUGCAAUUAAACAGUGUAGGUGGAAGCACUUACACAGUUGAAGCCCUUGCACAUGCAGAAACUCUUCUGAGUAAACAAUAUGGUGGACGAAGAGAAGCUGGAGUUCCUCAGUUCUUGAUCAUCAUUACUGAUGGGGAAGCAACAGUUAAACAAGGAUUGGAAGCUAAAGCCAGAGCUAUCAGAGACAGCAAUGUUGAGAUCUUUGCUGUUGGUGUAGAUCAAGCCGAUGAAAAAGAACUACAGACAAUUGCGGGAUCAGAUAAGAAUUGGUUUUAUGUUCACAACUUUACUCAUUUGGAGUAUUUAUCCCGAAACAUUUCUCAGAAGAUAUGUUUGGAAACCAAACCAGAUUGCGAACUAUCUGAAUCAGAUAUUGUUUUUCUAAUUGAUGGAUCAGAAAGUAUUAAGGCAAAGCAAUUUGUGUCCAUAAAGACAUUCGUGAAGUACGUCAUUGAAAAGCUGAGUAUUGGCCGUACAAAAUUUCAGUUCGCAGUAGCUCAAUAUAGCACAGAGCCAAGAGCUGAAUUUUAUCUGAAUGAGUCUAAGGACCAAAAUGAUCUCUUUAAAAAAAUUGACAAGAUCAACCAAAUAAAAGAUGGCACCAGAACAGGGAAGGCACUUCAGUUUGUGAUGAAAUUCUUUGAACCGUCAGUAGGAAGCCGAAAGCUGAAGGGGGUUCCUCAGAACCUGUUGGUGAUCACGGAUGGGGAAUCCAAAGACAGCGUGGCCAACCCUGCCAGUGACUUGAGGAAGAAAAACAUCAAUGUUCUUGCUAUCGGUAUUCAAGAAGCAAGUCCAAAUCAGUUGGUCGAAAUCGCUGGAUCUCCAGACAAAAAGUUCCAUGUCUCAUCAUUCAAUGAGUUAGACAAAAUUAAACGAAGAGUAGUUCGUGAACUUUGCACUGAAUCUUGUAAAGCCUGCACGGUUGAUGUUGCUGUGGGAUUUGACACCUCAGAGCAGAGACAGUUUGAAGACUUACUUGCUGGUCAAAAUACAUUGCAAGUAAAGCUAGAUGAAAUCUUCAAAGUAAUUACCUCUCUAAAGACGGUGAGCUGCGAGUCAGUUUCCCAUUUGGAAACAAGAGUUGGGGUAUAUAUCAAAGACAAGAAUGGCGUGGCAGUCCAUGAGACCCGAUUUGAUGAAAACAUUUCAAAACUGGCGAAUAGCCUGAAAGGUGUCAAGACAAGCAGUCAAGUUAUUUUAAAUGCGAAGACUUUAGAAUCGUUUUGGGGGAAAUUCAAUGAAUCUACUUCAAAAAUCAAGGUGAUUUUAUUCUUCACGGAUGGAUUAGAUGACUCCUUAGAUCACCUCAAGCGAACAUCGCAAAUGCUCAGAGAAAAUGGAGUCCAUGCACUCAUCCCAGUGGCUAUGGAAGGUGCUGUAGAUGCUAAUGAAAUACAUAAAAUUGAGUUUGGAACUGGAUUUGCGUACAAAGACCAACUAUCAAUGCAAGUUGGCAAUAUGGAAAGUGCCUUGCUGGAAAAGAUGAGAGCAGUUGCGGAAAAGCAAUGUUGUAAUGUAAAGUGCCUUUGCACUGGAGAAACAGGAGGGUACGGAAAUGCUGGAAGAAACGGGGAUGCGGGAAAUUCUGGCCAGCGUGGGCCCACUGGCUUUCCAGGACUAGACGGGGAUACGGGACCAAGAGGCCCACCAGGUAUCACUGGCAAUCAAGGAUCCACAGGAUGCCAAGGUUACAGAGGCAGAAAGGGAAAGACAGGUUAUCGAGGAAUGAAGGGUAACGAAGGGACCUGCGGUAUUGAUGGAAUCCAAGGAGAGCAGGGAGAGGCUGGAGAGCCGGGCAAGGCUGGGGAACACGGGAAGCCAGGAUAUCUGGGUAAGAAAGGCUCGAAGGGAGACAUGGGUGAGCGUGGUCUACUUGGAUUACGUGGAGACCCGGGCAGUGCUGGUAUUAAUAUCAACACACCAGGUGAAAAAGGCAACAAAGGAAAUCCGGGACUACAGGGUGAGGCGGGAAAACCUGGUGAAAAUGGACUUGCCGGUGCAACAGGCAAUCGAGGCCCAGAAGGUCCAAGGGGAAUGCUAGGCACAAAGGGACAAUCUGGGAUCCCUGGGAAGCCAGGUCGUAAAGGAGAUCCGGGAAUCCGAGGAUCACAGGGAGAACAUGGGAUUCCAGGACCUAAAGGUCAAAAAGGUGGGAGUGGAAACAGAGGUCAACAGGGUCCAAAUGGAAUUUCUGGUCUUGAUGGAAUAGAUGGAAAUCCUGGAGCUAAAGGACGUCCUGGUCUACAUGGAAAUCCAGGCAUCAAAGGCACCAUAGGACAGGCAGGACCUCGGGGGAGUCCGGGCAUGGAUGGUGCAAGUAGAUUUGGUUCUCCAGGAAUAAAGGGAAGAAAGGGGGACGGAGGAGGCAUCGGAAGCCCUGGACUUCAGGGAGAAAUUGGCGAACCUGGUCAAUCAGGCAAUGCCGGAUCCAAGGGAGCAAGAGGAACAAGGGGUAAUGCUGGAUCUCCUGGUGAGCAUGGGAUUCCAGGUGAUUACGGACCACCUGGACCUCCUGGCCACAAAGGACCGGAUGGCAUUACUUCCAUGUCGCCAUGUGAACUAAUAUCGUAUGUUCGAAAGAAUUGUGCUUGUUGUUCGAGAAGAAGAGGAAUAUGCCCGGCGUACCCCACAGAGUUGGCAUUUGCUCUGCAUGUGUCUGAAGAUGUUACACCAGCAAUAUUUCAAAGGAUGAAGACCAUUGUAAUAGAUUUUGUCAAGAAUAUUAACAUCGCUGAAAGCAACUGUCCCAUAGGGGCCCGUGUAGCAGUGCUGACCUACAGUAAUGCGGCAGAGACUUUCAUUCGAUUUUCAGACUUUAGGAAAAAACAGUUACUGCUGAAAGAAAUGGAGGCACUGACAUUUGCGCGAUCAAGAAGCGGACGGAAUAUUGGCGAUGGUAUGGAGUUUGUUGCAAGAAAUACUUUUAAGCGAGUUCGCAACGGUCUCCUUGUGAAGAAAAUAGCUGUCUUCAUCACGAAUGGUGGACCCCAAAACAUUGAGGCUUUAGUUGAAGCUGAUAAACGGCUCACUGCUACAGGUGUCAUUCCAGUCAUCAUCUCCUUUAGGAACAUCCAAGAAGUAGAACAGGUUUUCGGGGAUGCAGUGACUGUAUUGCCAAGGCAGACCGCAAGAUCGCAAGAAAUGUUACGCCGCAUCCAGUUAUGCACAUUAUGCUAUGAUGUGUGUGAGCCAUCUUCUGACUGUCCAACAGCCAGAAGCUCCAUUGUUUUUCCAGUGAACUUGGACUUCACAAUCAUAGUCGAUGAUCUGCAGCAAAUGGAACCUGAAAACUCUGAAAAUAUUCGGCGUUUCCUACAAUCAACGAUUAUUGAGUUUAUAAAUUCCACAGACUCAAACACCCGGCUGGCUGUGGUGCAGCAGACACCAAGAUACGGGAAAGAUUCACUUAACCUAGAGUUUGGAGUUUUGGAUUAUACUGCAAAAACGCUGAAGAAGAGACACAUCCAACAUUCAUCCAAUCAACUAGAGAGCCCCUCUGGCAUUGGCAGUGCUAUUGAGUGGAGCUUGAAAAACCUCAUCUCAAAUUUCUCAACUCAGCAAAAGGUUUUCUUUACAAUAUUUUCAGAAGAAACAAGUAUCGAUGAGAAAAAACUGCUGGAAAUAUCUCAAGAUGCCAAAUGUAAAGGUUUUGUAAUGUUUGCAUUAGCCCUCGGGAAGGUAGCUAAUGUUGCAGCCCUGAAGGAGUUUGUUAGUUUUCCUUCUGAUCAACAUCUCAUUCAUCUGGAUAGAGUCCAGAAGGAUGAAAUUGAAUACGCACAAAAGUUUACAAUGGCUUUUCUGAAACAUCUUGCAAUGGGAAUCAAUAAGUAUCCACCUGCAUCUCUACUGAAGGAAUGUGAACGAAUAAAAUCUCAGGGAACAGGAAAUAUCAGUACCUCAGCAAAGUUAGAGCGAGUGCAAGACAUGAUGCAAGACGUCGAAGAAGAAGAACCAAAGGUCAAUAGUAAAGGUGAACACAAAGGAAGUAAAUCAUCAACAAUAAAAAAUAAAGAUAUAUGUGCACUGAAAGUCGAAGAAGGGAACUGUUACUUCUACCGAUUGAAAUGGUUCUUUGACACAACAUUACAAGUCUGCAAAAGGUUCUGGUAUGGUGGCUGUGAGGGAAAUCAGAAUAGAUUUGAUACCCAAGACGACUGUGAAGCCUUUUGUCUGAAGUCCACCUUCUAAAUAUGAUAUGCAAGGACUAAAUCUUAUUUAACAUGCACCUUUGAGAGGUAGAAUAAGAAAAAGCAAUGUUGCAUUGGAAAAAAACAAAAACUCUUGUUUUGCAUAUGCAAAUUAAAUAAACUUUUGGGAACAGCAAUGCUACCAAUUCAUACCAAGCACAACUUUGAACAUAAUAUACACUAAAUAAUAUACUCAAAAUCAAGCAAUAAGUCACUGUUUCUUUCUAUGUUUAUUCUGAAUUGCUCUAUUCCAGUCAGACUGUUUAGAAUUUGCUUUGGGUUCAACACACAUUUUUGUGAAUUGAUCAAUAAGGAACUCCAAUGUAGGAGAGAUAUGGCACAAUGUGAGACUUAGCUACGCUCAUCCUGGGUCAUCACAGCCCUCUUUGAACUUCACAGGGUUGGGAAAAAUACCCAUGCUGUUAAUGAAAAGAUGUUUUUUUUUAGUUUAUCACAGGUAGGGUAAACAUUAAAGACUAUUCACGUUGUUUUCAGUUCAGACAUACCUAGGACAGAAACAUACAUUUUUCAGUUCAGUUCAGGUGACAUCAGGUUCAAACUUAGAAGUAAGAUGAGUUUCUGUCCGAGGAGAAGUUCAGGGAACCAGUUAGCUCACUGGAGAGAUUUAGUUUGUGUAAGUACCAAACCAGAAAUGUUAUCAAAACUGAGAAAGUUAAACUCUCAGUUUUGACAAUAGUUUAUGCCAGCAGACUUGGGAAGAAUGUAUCAAAUUGUCUGCACAGUUCAGAGGACAAAUAACUGUAAAGAGUCUGUUAAUUGAACCCUAAGGUGUUGAGAUAGCGAAUAAUUCCUUGAUACAAAUAGUAUCAGAAAAAGCUUGAUGCUUUGUUCUAAUAUUUGUGUUGUAAGAUCAUUCUAAUUGUCUUCUAUAUUUAGAUAGCUCUGUUUUAUUUUAUUAUUUCUUUUUGUAAUAAAUGUCUGUUGUUAAAGAAA